AUGGAGUCAGGAUUUUCAAAUCCAUUGAUUAAUUCAGAUAAGACAUUUAGUUCUUUAACUAAUUUCAAUGAAGAGAGAUCUACUAAAUAUCCAAGUCAGUUCUCAUCAUUAUCUAAUUACUCAGAUUCAAAAUCAUUGCCUCAUCAUUUCAAUGAGAAUACUGUUACAGAUUUAAGCUAUCCAACUCAUCAAACUAGAUCAGCUUUACCAUCACUAUUACCAUUAUCUAGAGUGCAUCAAUUUCAUCUAGAUUUUGACUUGACAAAUGAAUCUAGCUUUUUAUCAACACAUAAUGAACAGAAAUUCAAUCAUCUUAAUACUUCAUUAUCUCAACUUGAAUAUACUCAUGAACAGAAUAACUCUGAUGAUAAUAAUGUUAUGAGUCGAUUUACAAAUAAUGUUGACGUCAUUGAUAUUAAUCGUAAUAACAAUAUUAAUAAUAAUAAUUGCUCAUAUAAUAAUAAUAAUAAUGUUUCUACAGAAGUUCUAAACUCUAACUCUUCAUUAAACAAUGUAACUCCACAACUAGAUUUAUCAGUUUCCUUUUUGAAUAAUUUCAAAAAUCAAUCAAAUCAAUCUUUCAAUAACUUUGGUCAUUCUGAUCUUUAUGAUAAUUAUUUUAUGAUGAAAAAACAUUUAAAAUCUUUAUCAACUUCUUCACAAUUCACAUCAACAAUUACUACAAUAACUACAGGAUUUCCAUUAAUUUCAUCAACAACAUCUAUCACUACACAAUCUUCAUUAAGCACAGAUAUACCAAAUACAACAGAAUCAUAUAUGAAAUUAGAACAAUUAAAUCAUAAUCAUAAUUGGCUGCCAAAUCAUUUAUUAUUUACAUCAAAUUUAUCAAAUCAUUCUAAUAAUGAAUUCAUUAAAUCAACAAUGAAUGAUCAUUCUGAAUUGAAUCAUACUACUAAUAAUAUAUUACCAUUAUCAAUAUAUAAUGAAGAAUUAAAAGAUAAUACAUUUUCAAAUUCUAUAAAUAAAAUGAAUUUACAAUAUCAAACUGUAUUAAAUGUAGCUAAAGCUGCAUUUCAAUAUGAAAAUUUAAUUUUAAAUACAAAAAAACCGCCAUUUACAAAUCAUACAAUUUUAAAUAUAAAUGAACAGAAAAACAAUGAAGAAAUGAUUGAUUAUCAUAAAAAACAAACGAAUGACCACCACGACGACGACGAAGAAGAAGAUGAUGAUGAUGAUGAAUGUAUUGUUUAUCAUGAAUACCAAUAGAAUUGUUCUUCUUAUCAUUCAUUAGAUCAUUUUAUUCAUUGAUUCAUUCAUUGAAAAUUGAAUAAAUCAGGGAUAAAUUUAAAUGUUUAAAAAAAAACAAACAAUUAAAACAAUCUAAUAGUUUGAAUAAGUCACAUUCAAAUCUUUUUCCACUUAUCGGAGUUUUUGUUUUCCUACUAUUAAAGUCAUUAUCAGAA